AUGCGGGUAGUUACUUCAAGUGGGUGGUUACUUCAAGUGGGUGGUUACUUCAAGUGGGUGGUUACUUCAAUUGGGUGGUUACUUCAAGUGGGUGGUUACUUCAAGUGGGUGGUUACUUCAAGUGGGUGGUUACUUCAAGUGGGUGGUUACUUCAAGUGGGUGGUUACUUCAAUUGGGUGGUUACUUCAAUUGGGUGGUUACUUCAAGUGGGUGGUUACUUCAAGUGGGUGGUUACUUCAAGUGGGUGGUUACUUCAAGUGGGUGGUUACUUCAAGUGGGUGGUUACUUCAACUGUUCAGGAAAAUGGGCGGAUUGCACUCAAAACAUGGACCACAGCGCGACACGUGCGUGACCGCUAGUGCCCUGGCAGACAGCCAGGGGCAGCACCAGUGCUCCGUUGCCACGGCCGACCAGGAGUACGCAAAGCCGCCGCCAGAGGUCAUCAGUGUGCGUUGUCCGACAACUCUCGCCGAUGGCCAGAAGGCGCCACGGCGUGAUGACGAUAUACCGGUGGAUCCUUGCUGCGAGAUCAUCGUUCAUGGUGUGACGACGGCGUUCCGGCGGCACCCCGGGACGGGCUACCCUUUCGGGCACCUGUCGCCGCAGCGCAUGGUGGUGGUGUUCUGCGCCGAGCUGCUGGGCACGGCUCUGCUCCUCUUCAUGGGCUGCAUGGGCGGCGUCGCGGGGCUCGCCGGCCCCACGCACCAGCCGCACCCGCUGCAGGGGCCGCUCGUCUUCGGCAUGACCGUCGCCUCCAUCAUACAGAUGGUGGGCCACAUCUCGGUGGCGCACCUCAACCCCGCAGUCACGCUGUGCGCCGUGCUCAGGGGUGACCUCACCGUGCCCGCCGCCGCCCUCUACGUCAUCGGACAGCUCAGCGGCGCCCUGCUCGGCUUCCGCCUGCUGCUGCAGUUCGUUGUGCCCAUCCAUACAGCUGCUGCGUUACGAGUAUUUCGAGAGCACCUUAUCGAUUGUGGUGCAGCACUCUCUGGAGUCAGUGUGACGCCAUCUUCAGCGGUGUGUGACUGCACGACGACGCCGGCAGCGGGGCUGUCAACAACGCAGGCGCUGCUCGUGGAGACGGGGGCUACGGCGAUGCUGAUACUCCUGUGCCACGGCUCGUGGGACGCGCGCAAUUGCCACAACUCGGACUCCACGCCGCUCAAGUUCGGCUCCUACAUCACCGGCAUCUCCAUCGCCGCGGGUCCUUUCACUGGAGCCAGCAUGAACCCCGCCAGGACACUCGCCCCAGCGCUCUGGAAGGGUGUUUGGGAAUGCCACUGGGUGUACUGGGCUGGUCCUUUAGGAGGCUCCGUCCUGGCUACUGUGAUGUACAUGUCGGUGUUCACAGAGAAGACAACUAGAUCAGCUGCCACAGAAGACAACAGCUCUGUAGACAAGUUCAGAGCAGACGUCGACGGCGUGGAGAACAUAGAAAAGUUCCCGUUCAGCCAGCUGCCAGAGAACUGUCCUCAGUGUCAUCCAGUCCAUUCCCGGCCAGAGAUUUACAAACAGGCUCUGCCUUGAAGCUGAUGCUACACCACUGAAGCCGGAAUCUGAUACUUACACAUUUUAUAUACCGGUGGCAGUCGUAACAAAAUGUGCUGAAGACCUUUAGCUCUGAAAUAGCGGUAUACGUCUGCAGUGUUGCAUUUGAGUGAACUGUUUAGAAUAGUUACAUGUGCAGUGUUGAAUAGGUCGCAUGGACAUGAAAAUAAUUCUAAAGAUUGAACCUGGAAUUGUUUUAGCAGCAGUUAUGAGAUAACUAAAAACUAUCACCAUAGCUAACCGAUAGUGUGUCUCAAAGACCAGGUAUGUGAAAACGCUUGACAGUUGUUUGUUUCAGUGUGCAGCUUUAUGGGACCAAUGCAGUCAGUUUAUUGAGAAGGAGAAACAACAGCAUGUGACACUUAUCUGUAGAAAUGUGGACACUGUGUACAGUGGGACAUCCCAAUCGUUACUAUCGUUGGAAUGUGAACGCCAUUCGAUUUCCAUUGCCAAACUAUGAUUUUACAGACUGAAAAGGGUGGAGAAACAGACUAGUUUCAAAAUG